GCGCUUUCACGUAAGUCCGACACUCGUGCGGCGCACUUUGGCCCGACAGCAUCGAGCACUGACGUGCUGCAUUUCGUAGGUAGCUCGAACGAACCACGAGGUCGCCGAGGAUCCUCGACGCGAAGGAAAAGUGCAAGAAGAGAGCGACUUCCACUUGCAUGGCAAGGAGAAGAAAUACGAGCAAGGAGUAAACGUGAUUUUUUGUAUCGGAGAUACGUUGAGAUACGUAACUGAGCCUGAAACUGAGCCUGAGCCUAAAGGCUUCGCUGAAAGCUGCUAGGACGUUCGAUGGAAUUUAAUGAAAUCUGAAAGCUAGUGAUUUUUUCUUCUUUUACUUCUGGAUUACCCUACGAUUGCCCUCGAUACUCCUGGGACAGAUUGUAACGAUCGCUGAAACUUAUGGGAGUGAGUGUCGGGGCUCCGUGAGAGAGUGUGUCGUUCAGUGAAUAGCGUUUCGCGAUUUUUUCUUUUUUAUUCCGAUACUAGUUUCUUGUGUCUCGGUUUUUUUUUUUUUUGGUGUUUUAAUCGAAUCACUCUAUCCGUUUACGUGGCGUUGCUAGGCCGUGCCAUUAUACGUGGCGAUAUUGACAGUGCUUCUGAUUACUGUAGACGUGCUCCUCGUGGCCGACUUCGUAUCUAAAAUCAACCCCUAGCAGAGGGAUGGAUCUUUGCCUAAUCUACUGGCUACUGGUCAACCUUGUCGCUGGCGACAAUACGACUGUUGGACAUUCGACCGAAAUUACUGGAGGCUCUACCAGUCUUCAGGCGGAGGCUGCACAGGCUGGUCGGGGAGAGUGGCUACCCUGGUCAAAAUGGUCACCGUGCUCAAGAAGCUGCGACGGCGGCGUCUCCCGUCAACAAAGACACUGCCGACGAACGCCCUGCAAAGGAAGACCCUGGAGCACCAGAUACAAAGUCUGUAACACGCAGCCAUGCGAACGACCGAGCGAUUUUCGUGCGGAACAAUGUGCUGCUUUUGACAACAUACCUUACAGUGGGCAAUUAUUGAGAUGGUUACCGCAUCAUGAUCCUGGAAAGCCAUGUGCUUUGAUCUGCCGUGGUGAGCAGUCGCUAGAAAACGGUGUGGACAGCGGAAAGAGCAAGGAAAUCCAGGCGGAGCGCGUCCUUCCUCUUGGCGUAGAUGGCGUGAGCGAAUUCGACUCCGAGGAAACAAUAGUCGUGCAACUCGCGGACAAAGUUGAGGAUGGUACGAAAUGUCAUCCGGAUAGUUUGGACGUCUGUAUCGCAGGGGAAUGCAUGAAAGUCGGCUGCGACCUCAGAGUGGGCAGCAGCAAAAGGCUGGACGCCUGUGGCGUGUGCGGCGGAAACGGUUCGAGCUGUCAGUCAGAAUAUUCCUGGAUCCUGGAAUCGAUAUCCAUGUGCUCCAAGUCCUGUGGAGGUGGUUUCAAAAUUGCCGUCGCCGUAUGCAAGACCAUCGGAACGGAAACAAUCGUCGAAAAUUCGAAUUGCGAUCCUGACCAGAAGCCAGGGAAAACUUUAUUGCCGUGCAAUACGCACCCAUGCUCCACGAAAUGGGUCGCUGGGGAGUGGAGCGAAUGCAGCGCCAGCUGCGGCGGUGGCUCGAGAACUAGAAAUGUUUUUUGUACCGAGGACAAGGGUAACAAAACUACCGACAAGCUCCCGGAACACAAGUGCAACGGGCUGCACAGACCAAGGCACCAAGAGAGCUGCAAUACAAUUUCCUGCCCCAUGUGGGAGACCAGUCAUUGGAGCAAAUGCUCGGUGACCUGUGGAACUGGCGUCAAAACCAGGACGGUCGAAUGUCGCGACGGCACCGGAAGACUCUCUACGGAUUGCGACCUUGGAGAACAUCCGCGUACGGAGCAGGAAUGCAGAACGAAUAAUCCCUGCGCAGUCUAUGACACCGACGACUUCAGUCUCCCAUUGAUGCACCCGUAUCCGGCACCGCCGGUUCCUGAGAAAUUAAUUGAUCAGGCUGUACCAUCGGACUCGACAUUCAUCGUGGAUGAAUGGUCACCGUGCAGCGUUACCUGUGGCGAGGGUAUCCGUCAUCGUGAGGUCCACUGUAAGAUAUUCCUGGAGUUCAGCCGCACCAUCGUCAAGCUACCCAAUCACCAGUGCUCUGGACCAAAACCCAUAGAGACAGAGAGGUGCGAGAUGGAGCCUUGCAGCAUCCUCGAUAACAGUCUGUCCUACAGGAUGGACACUGUAGGCGACAGUGGUUAUGCUGAGUCCAGCAUGACGGAUCAGUACAGAUCAGGAUCAAGGGGUUCCGGAGGUGAGAGUUACGAAGGUAGCGUAAAGAUCGCUGCAGGAAUUGCUACCGAGACUACCUUCUCCUGGAGGGAAGCAGGAUACACUCACUGCAGUGCAACGUGCCUAGGUGGUAUGCAGGAUCUUAUAAUAAAUUGUGUACGCGAUGACAAUGGCAGACCAGUGGCGCCAUAUCUUUGCAGUCAGGAAACAAGACCGGAAGCCAGAAUAAAAUCGUGCAAUGAUCAUCCCUGCCCACCCAGGUGGAACUAUAGCGAAUUCUCAGCCUGCAAAAGCCCUUGUGGUAUCGGGAUUCAGUUACGAGACGUCAACUGCAUACAUGAGGUGACGCGGGGAACCGUCAAUACAGUAAUAGUUCCUGGCCACAUGUGUCCACAGCCUCCACCGUCGGACCGUCAGUACUGUAACGUGUUCGACUGUCCUGUCACGUGGCACGUUGGACAGUGGGGCAAGUGCUCAAAAACUUGUGGCGGCGGUGUGAAGUCGCGCACGGUCACAUGUCAACAGGUGAUGGCGCAGGGCAGGAAGGAAACGCUGCAGGAAAGAGAUUGCCUGUCGCCAAAGCCAGCCAGUGAGAAACCGUGCAAUACAAAGUCAUGUGACAAUAUGAGAUCGGGAGCGGAACCGAUGAUCUUUAGCGAGAACACAACAUACGAUCAGCCGGAAUCGGACAAGAAGAAGGUGGAUCUGAAGAUCGGCGGAAUAGCCAAAGUCUUCUAUGGAACGUCAGUCGUCAAGAUUCGAUGUCCUGUCAAGAAUUUCGACAAGAGUCAGAUAAUGUGGACCAAAGACGGUACGAUACUGCGAAAGUCAUCGAAGCACAAGAUCAGCAAGAAAGGACUAUUGAGAAUUUUUGACAUAACCCAUGCAGAUCGUGGAGUUUAUGCUUGCAAUGCCGACAGUACGAAAGCUGAGACUGUACUUCAGGUGAAGGUGAAGCACGGAGAGCAGAUGAGCAGCGAAGAGGUUUUGCGUUAUGGAAAUGCCGUGCACCAAAGUCAAGAUGCCAAUUUAGAGUCGGCCAUUUCCAAUUCCGAUGAGAACGUACAUACUGAUCGCGCAGGUAGCUAUCAGACAGCAUCCGGCUAUGUAAGGUCUUUCGCGUUUGGCAAUGAGGAUAUCAGUCACGAGGCACGUCCGGAGGGUAGUGUUCCGGUGAAACCGACGAAGAAGCCACGUCCCAAGAAACCAAGUUCAGGUCUGUCACAUCCGGACGCGACAAUGGCACAUGGAGAACACACAGUAACUGCUCAGCAUCAGCCUGGUUACCACGAAUCCGUCGAAUCUUCUGCAACUUCCGGUACCUCUACCGUUUUGCCAUACAUAACUCGUCUCAUUUCGAGUUUGAAGCUUCUCACUGAUUAUCUAUUGCAGUCCUAUUGGCCGUUUAAUGAUGGCGGAGCGUCCAGCCGAGGUCACAGAAUGAUAUCACCGAUAUUAUUUGAUGAAUUACGGGACGAAGAUAAAAUUUCAUCGAGCAGACGAAAUCACCUGAAUUAUGGAAACGAGGACUACGACAUAAUGCACAGAAAUCCAGCUGGUAUACCGGAUGAGAAAUUUGGUCCAGACGAGGAGAGGAUUUUCAUUGAUGACGAUCCCUACGACAUCGACGAAGCUAUUUUUGCGCUUCAGCGUAAGGACAGCGUUAAAAGUACAGCGGAAGUCGUAACGGAGAGGCGGAUGUCGGCUGUCCCAACGAAAUUGGCAAUAGAUUAUAUUGAGGAGUCAUUGCGAAAGACAAAACGUAGGGAAGAGGAAAGGAGGAAAGAGGAAUCUGUGAAUGAUUUUAUUGAAAGCCAUCACGAUGGAGUCGCUGAUAAUUUUAAUGAUGAAUUACAAUCCAUAAGAAAUCCCGAGCACGCCGUUAUCAGUGCUUAUUACCUUCGGGAUCCGAAAAAAUUAGAAGGAAGACACGAGAAAAUGGAUUCAGGUUUAAAUAUUGCUAAAGAGACCAAAUUGGAAGUACGUAAAAGGACCGAAAGUCAAUUGGAUCCUAAACCGGAUGUGGAUGCAGAUGAGAGUCCGCCGGAAGUCAAUACCAGCGAGAGUACUGAAAGUUCUAAUUCGGAUGACCUGGUGCUACCGGAAAUGACAAAUGACAAGACAAGUGUCAAAGUGGAGGAGGAAUUGAUGGGACCAAAUAAUAGUGCCGUUAUAACAGAUAACAAUACGAGCGUAUCUUCCUCGGCCACCGAGAUUCUACAAGAGGAAGAAUCCAUUUCCGGAAAGCAUCAGAAGCCCGCAUUGUCUUCCAAAGAGACCAAUGAGUAUUCGAAGAAUGUCUCUCGCGAGGUCCAUCUGGAUGAAAUCCUCGGUGAUCCAGGAGAUCAGGGAAUAGAUACGUAUUAUUCCCAGAAGAUAUCAAGGGACUUUGAAAGUAGUAAAACAUGGGAUGCCCUAACCUCUACUGCUCUUGAUCAUGAAGAUGCUAUGGACGACUCAUCCAUAAGUCCAGUCAUCUUAGGAAAAGGAACGGCAGAUGACUUAAUUUUCGAAUGGGUCACAACAGACUGGUCAAAAUGUUCACAAACUUGCGGCGGAGGUGGAUUUCAGAUGAGAGGAGCGCAAUGUACAGUUCGUACGUCGAAAACAAAUUCAAGUUCCACAGUAGUCUCGCCCAAGACGGUGAUCGGUGCGAAUUUAUGCGAGGACGCCGGAUAUCCUGUCCCACAGAAAGUGAGACCAUGUGGUUCCGGAAGAUGCCCUCAGUGGAGUAUCGGGGAAUGGACACCUUGUGAAAGUUCACGAUGCUUCAAUUGGAAAACUGCGAUGCAGAGGCGAGACAUCAGCUGUCAGUUGAUCGAUGAGCUUGAAGAUGGUACACAAAAUGUGACGGUUUUGGAUUCCAGUAAUUGUGACGACGGCAUAAGGCCACCGCAGAGGCAGGAAUGUUACAAUGGCGCCUGUAAGGGCGUGUGGCGUGUAGGCGAAUGGUCAGAGUGCACUGCGUCCUGCGAGGAGGACGGUAUAAAAUACAGGAUUCUACAGUGCGUCUGGUUCGGCACAAAGAAACCUGCAGGCAAUGCAUGCAGGGACAUUUCACGUCCGUCUGUUAUGAAGACUUGCAAGGGUCCACCGUGUCCACAAUCGCCAGGAGAGUGCAAAGAUCAAUCGCAGCUUUGCAGCAGAGUCAAACUGAUGAAUAUGUGCCGCGUGCCACUUUAUCAAAAGCAGUGCUGCCAAUCCUGCCGUUAGGCUGACAAAAUUGAAAUUAUAGUCGAUGCAAUUUUUUUUUUUAAAGAUUAGGUAAGCAGCAUAAAGCGACGGGAAUGGGGUUGCAAGCGUGUUAAUAAUUAAAAGAGAGAAAAGAAUGUCUGCAGGGGUGAAAACGUGAGAAGAAUAAAAGUCCUAGCAUUCCUAGUGUGACAGUGUGUAAGUCAGAGUGAAUGAAAAGAAAAGAAAAGUUAAUCCAAGUAAAACUAUUGCCAUCGGAUGCAAUUGAACCAGACAUUAUUUUGCGCUCGUCCAACCACCUUACACAGUGGCUAUUUCCGGUCGAUAAUCUAACACGGGAUGGAGACUCCGUACUGGAUGAUAUACGCCUUUAUAUGCAUAUAUAUACUUACGUGUGUAUAUAUAUGUAUAUGUAGGUUGUGAAAACUGGAUAGACGUCAAAAGUAUAAAUCCGACGUGAAACGUGUGAAUGAAUAAUAAUUAAUUGACUCUAAUUAAUAGCAGUAUUAAUGGGAGCACGAAGAUUACAUAUAGGCAGCAUCAACUUUUAAUUUUUUUUCCAAUCGAAGUUAAGAAAAAAUGUGAAAAUUUCGAUUUCAACUCAUUUCAUGUUUUUCUUUUUUAAGUGUCAUCCAGAGCUAAAUCGUCAGAGAGACAAAAAGAUGACGGACGGUUCAGGGCUUACACACACUGUCCGAAGUUAAUUUCAUUCUAAUUGAAUAAUAAUCUUUUUAGCAAACGUCACGUGUAAUUUGGUACAAUUCCUAAAGACACGUCAGCAUACACAGCCAUGUGUUAUGUAUAUAAAUAGGACCAUGCAUAAACGGAAAACAGUCAUACAGACACCAAGGUCCUGGAAAAAUAAGAACGAAGAGCCUGGCCUUUGUUCGAGAGAGUUGAAGUAUAUUGUUAAAGUUCAAUAAUUAACAAACUAAAAAGUCAAGAGGAAUUAUUAUAAUCCCACGGAAAAUUAUUAUUGCGAUAUGAAUUUAUUGACACAUCUUAAACUGUUUCAAUGUUGAAAGACUUCGUUCGCAGCCAUGAUAACACGAGCGAAGGAUCCAUUUAAAGUUUAAUACAUAGGAUAAAGAGCGAUGAAGAUGGUCAGGCAAGACAAAAAGACAAAAUUGAAAAAAAAAGAUUAUAUA